AUGGUCAUGCAGCAGUACGAACCGCUGGAGACGCUGGCACCCGCGCUCUUCGGCAAUGUGCAAAAGUGGCGCCAUACGUCUUCGGGGGAGUACGUGGCGGUCAAGCGCAUGGAGCUGCGAUUCGCAGCUCGCAAGCGCUCCAAGAGCUCCGAGCGUGUAGUGGAGGAGGACCUUUUUACUGAGAUCAAGACAAACCUGCGCGUACAGUCAUUGGGCGGUCAUCCCAACGUAUUGCCACUGCGUGAUUGCAUUAUGGAGGACGAGGCCGUGCUGCUCGUGCUCAAGUUCUGCGAACGCGGUGAGCUACUCGACGUGGUCAACACACAACGGGCAGCCGGCAAACAGGUCAAUGUCAUGCACUACUUUGCACAGAUCCUGCGCGGUGCAGCGUUCCUGCACGCAAAUGACAUUGCACACCGCGAUCUAUCGUUAGAGAACGUUCUAGUGGACGAGCGAGACUGCUGCCAGAUCACGGAUUUCGGUCUGGCAACUCAAUGCAAAGGGAAAAUAACCGUCAGACCAGUGGGCAAACUUAGGUACAUGGCUCCGGAAGUUAGCGCAGCAAUGGUGUAUGAAGAAGGUCAUCAGAAUGAGUACGACCCAAUGGUUGCCGACGUGUGGGCAUUAGGAGUGAUGCUGUACGCCAUGGUGGCGGCCAGAUAUCCGUUCCGCGAACCACUACGUAAAGAUGACCGGUUCCGACUGUUGGAGGAUUUUGGAGUGGAGUAUUUGUUGGAGAAGGACGAGGUGGAUGUGGAGGGGAAAGAGCGAGUGGUGGAUCUGCUGAAGAGACUAUUGGUUGUUAACCCAACCGAGCGUUCUACACUUGCAGAGCUCUUGUCACAUCCAGCGUUGCCUGUCGUGGGGGGCAACGAGACGCGACCUGCCUGUCUGACGAAGGAGGAGCGACCGGAACAUUCCUUGGAGCAAGUGACAGUUGCGAGCAAUGACGACACACGACAACGCGCACGAUCACUUGGCCGCUUUAACGGCAAGGGGUCGCUCGCAUCGGUCAGUCCCAACGCACCAUUAUCCGAGGCGGAGAAGAACAAGCAAGCGCUUGCUUCUUCCGCUAUCAAAACAACUGCUGUGGUUUCAGCUCCUGUCACCGGCAACAACGGAUGCGCCGGUGGCAGGUUGCUGCGUAAGUGCUUCGCCACGCGCGCGUAA